AUGGCUAGCCAACAACCUUCUACUCUUCCCAUUGUUCGGGAUACUCCUCCAGGAGCUGGUGAGAUUGCUGCUAGUCCGUCAAUUGAUAGCUCUACCCCUCACCAGCUAACCGCCACUGGCGCCGGAGCGGAUGGCGUCCUCGCAGAGAACAAAACUGCCAUCGCUUCUGACCCAUCUCUGCGAGCCACUGCGCCAAACCCGGAAUGGGAAGACUAUGAAACUAUCAUAGCCAAGAACCCAGAAUUAAUGGCUCCGGUUGUGACAAAUCAAGAAAAGCUGUACUACAAGUCCAAGGUUGUAUGGGAGUGUGGCCACGAGGGUCCCGAAAUCAUAACGAGUAUCGAGAAAGAAUCUGGUGACAGUGGUGAGCUUUCCACUUUUAUCAAUGAAUAUCGGGGUUUGUGCUCGAAAUGCCUUGAUCCUACCAGCAAUCCAGCGCCGAGAAACGAGGUCGUAGUCGAUGGAAAAGUGUUUUACAUGUCGUCCAAGGAUAGAUGGGAGUGUGGUCAUGACGGCAAAGAGGCUCGAACCGAGUUCGAGGGGUGGUGUCCUUUUGAUAUCCGUCUGGUCAAGCCUUCUACCCUCAUCAAUGAAAUGAAAGGUAUCUGUCCCACAUGCAUGGAAAAAUGGCACAAGCUCGAACCCACGGACGGUGAUGAUGUAGCCGAGCUAAGCGUUCCCUCCUGUGUCCCAGGGGGCAAUUGUAGCACUCUUCCUAAGUAUGACGGAGCCCUGGGAAGCGAAGGCCAAAUUGGCGAGAAUGAUGUGGCCGAAGAUUAUCUGCCUACCCAGCUCGGCCUUUUGGAUUUAGACGAUGGUCCAACCAAGGGCAAAGGGGUGGCACAUGCCGCGACAACUGACAAAUCUCUGCAGACUGACUUUGCUGCCACUGGAUUGACUCCUGCCGCACAGAAAUUCCAAAUGGAAGCCAUGAAUACUGAAAACGAAGUAAAUGCAUGGGAGACCCAUGCUGAUGCUGAUGCUGAUGCUGAUGCUGAUGGCGGUGAGAAUCGCCGAUAUCUCGACAAUAGGAGCUACGAAGAUGACGGACACGAGAAGGAUGAUGCCGAUAAAGAGGGCUAUUAUGGUAGGGGCGGCCGUUAUUGCCGUUACAACAGUGAUGGGGAGAGUUUUGGGGCAGCGCCAAAGGUUGAAAUUGAAAUCGACCCGAAUGCCGACAUGACUGUUGAGGUGGAGAUCAAUUCUCAUGGUUAA